UAUGUUAAAAAUUAUCAUAUUUAAAUUUUCAUUUUUUUUAUUAAGAAGCAUAUAGCCAUGGCUAGGGACCUUCUUGUGGUUGACAGAGUGAUAAAAGAUGUGUUGGACCCUUUUACGAAGUUUGUGUCUCUUAAAGUUUUGUACAGUGGCAAUAGGGCUAUUAACUACGGUAUUGACCUUAGACCUUCCCAAGUUGCUAACCAACCUAGGGUUGAAAUCGAUAGGGAUGAUCUCAGGACCUUCUACACUUUGGUCAUUAUGGUUGAUCCUAACCUUAGUGACCUCAAUCUCAGAGAAUAUUCGAAUUGGUUGGUGACUAAUAUUCCUGCAACUACCGGAGCAGGCUUUGGACAAGUGAUGUGCUAUGAGAGUCCACAACCAACAGUGGGAAUACAUCGUUAUGUGUUUGUGUUGUUCUGGCAGCUUGGACGGCAAACAGUGUACACGCCUGGGUGGCGACACAACUUCAACACAAGAGACUUUGCUAAGAUCUACAAUCUGGGAUUGCCUAUUGUUGCCGUUUAUUUCAACUGUCAGAAGGAAAUCAACUACGGUGGAAGGAGGUCAUAA